AUGUCAAACUUGAGAGCUUCAGCCCCUGACUUCAUGCCAGAGGACGACAGUUCUGCUGUUGCCGCUGCUACUCCGGCCAAGAGUUCGGUUUCCGAGCCCGUUGCCCGUCUGGCUCCGGCCCCGGGUACCGGUUCGGAAGCUCCGGUCAGCUACCCCUCCCCCUCGGAUUCUCUCCCGGAGGCAAUGGCCACCAAGGCUGAUGAAGAGAAUCGUGUCUCUACCAAGGCUGAGGGCACCACCAACACUGCAAUUGAGCAGAAGUCGUCUACCGACGCUGCUAAGCACCCUGAUGACGGCAACCUUGUCGUCUUCGGCCACAACGCCACUGCCUACGGCUAUCAUUCUGCUGCUGCCACCACCACCAUGGAUGGCAGAAUGAUGCCCGUCAAGACUUACUUUGGCGGCAACACUGUUGUUGGCUCCUACGCCAACAACUACAACGGUGGCUCCGUCAUUGGCCACAACCAGUCUACUCUUGCUGCUGGCGACGAUCCCAUCUCUGAGGGCCGCCGAAUCUACAUUGGCAACCUCAAGUACAGCGUCAACCGCUUCCAGGUCAAGCGCCUACUCCGCCAGUACGGAGUCUACCAUACGGUAGAAAAGAUUUACAUGCCAUACAGCGAAGGCCCGUUGGAGGCACCUGUCGAUCAGCACGGCUACUUGGCCGAUGCCAACGUAGCUUAUGGCUACGAAGAGUACCAGCAGCAGGAUGGCCCGCCCGAGAUGCCCAACAAGGGCUACGUCUUCGUCACUUACGGAGAUGCCAGAGAAGCAGAUGCUGCUAUCCAGCGUCUGGGUGGUGUUAUGCAUAUGGAUCGCAAGCUGGUCUGUCGCCCUGGUCUGCCCAAGGGCGUUGCGUUCCGCCAGGACGACCUGAACGGAGGCGCAUUCCGUUCCCACCGCCGCCGUCGCUUUGAACGAUUCGACAGCAUCCUGGAGGACCAGUACAGCGGUCCUCACUACAGCAAUAGCAACAACGCCAUUGUCUCGUAUGGCAACGGCACCUACAGUGCCAACUAUGGCGGCGGCUACGCCAACGAGAACUCCUCCAUGAGCUACAAUGGCGGUAAUCACCAUGGCCCCUACCAGCGCGGUCAUCACAUGGGUCCCGCCGGUGGUUCUUACAGUGGCCUUGGUGGCAACGGUUAUGGCAACAAUACCUAUGGUCACUCUCGCGCCGACAAGGACUUCUCCUACGACUCCUGCCGAUCCGGCAACACUGGAGCCUUUGGUCCCCGCGGAGGCAACUCCAGCUACAAUCCUCACAGUAGCCGCUACCCCCGCAACUACUAG